AUGUAUUCAGACAAGCAGCAGCCCUGGCUAGGGGUCAAACUAUUUCAGAAGCAGCAGCCCUGGCUAGGGGUCAAACUAUUUCAGAAGCAGCAGCCCUGGCUAGGGGUCAAACUAUUUCAGAAGCAGCAGUCCUGGCUAGGGGUCAAACUAUUUCAGAAGCAGCAGCCCUGGCUAGGGGUCAAACUAUUUCAGAAGCAGCAGCCCUGGCUAGGGGUCAAACUAUUUCAGAAGCAGCAUCCCUGGCUAGGGGUCAAACUAUUUCAGAAGCAGCAGCCCUGGCUAGGGGUCAAACUAUUUCAGAAGCAGCAGCCCUGGCUAGGGGUCAAACUAUUUCAGAAGCAGCAGUCCUGGCUAGGGUUCAAACUAUUUCAGAAGCAGCAGCCCUGGCUAGGGGUCAAACUAUUUCAGAAGCAGCAGCCCUGGCUAGGGGUCAAACUAUUUCAGAAGCAGCAUCCCUGGCUAGGGGUCAAACUAUUUCAGAAGCAGCAGCCCUGGCUAGGGGUCAAACUAUUUCAGAAGCAGCAGCCCUGGCUAGGGGUCAAACUAUUUCAGAAGCAGCAGUCCUGGCUAGGGGUCAAACUAUUUCAGAAGCAGCAGCCCUGGCUAGGGGUCAAACUAUUUCAGAAGCAGCAGCCCUGGCUAGGGGUCAAACUAUUUCAGAAGCAGCAGCCCUGGCUAGGGGUCAAACUAUUUCAGAAGCAGCAGCCCUGGCUAGGGGUCAAACUAUUUCAGAAGCAGCAGUCCUGGCUAGGGGUCAAACUAUUUCAGAAGCAGCGUGGAUCCUAG